CCCGCCCCUCCCCUGAUGGCUGUCUGGGUGACCAUGUCCAUUCCAUCUUCCAUCUUCUCUCCAGGUGACCGGGCAUUGAUGCACCCUCAAGGGAGGCCACGCGCUCAAGGAGGCCACCCCUGCUCGCUGCUGCUCACAUGGUUUCUGGGCCCCUGGCACUCCGGUGGUACGCGUGGGCAGGGCGUGGGGACAUGGGGCCUGACAUGGAGCUGCCCAGCCAUUCGAAGCAGCUCCUGCUGCAGCUGAACCAGCAGAGGACAAAGGGCUUCCUGUGUGAUGUCAUCAUCAUGGUGGAGAACUCCAUCUUCCGGGCCCACAAGAAUGUCCUGGCCGCCAGCAGUAUUUACUUCAAGUCUCUGGUCCUGCACGACAACCUCAUCAACCUGGACACGGACAUGGUCAGCUCCACAGUGUUCCAGCAGAUCCUGGACUUUAUCUAUACAGGCAAGCUGCUGCCCAGCGACCAGCCAGCUGAGCCCAACUUCAGCACUCUCCUCACUGCCGCCAGCUACCUCCAGCUGCCCGAGUUGGCAGCCCUCUGCCGUCGAAAGCUCAAGCGAGCCGGCAAGCCUUUCGGCUCUGGACGGGUGGGGGCUGCUGGCAUGGGGCGGCCCCCCCGCAGCCAGCGGCUGUCCACAGCUUCUGUCAUCCAGGCUCGGUAUCCAGGGCUCAUGGAUGGGCGCAAGGGGGCCCACACCCCCCAGGAGCUCCCCCAGGCCAAAGGCUCGGAUGAUGAGCUCUUCCUCGGCAGCUCCAAUCAGGAGAGUGCACACAGCCUGGGCCGGGCCGUCUGCCCAGCCAGUGGGGAGGCCGGCCUGGGCAGUUGCAGCACCAAUGGGAGCAGUGGGGGCUGCGAGCAGGAGCUGGGCCUGGACUUGUCCAAGAAGAGUCCCCCUUUGCCCCCCGCCACUCCUGGUCCCCCCCCCACCCCAGAUGAUCCUGCCCAGCUGAGUGACAGUCAGCACGGCUCACCCCUCUCGGCCUCAGCUCCUCCCGUUGCCAACAGUGCCUCUUAUGCCGACCUGGGGGGCACCCCCAGUGAGCCCAUGGAUCUGGAGGGGCCCGAGGACAACCACCUGAGCCUGCUGGAGGGGCCUGGCGGGCAGCCCCGGAAGAGCCUCCGGCACUCGGCCCGCAAGAAGGAGUGGAGCAAAAAGGAGCCCAUGGCAGGUUCCCCCUUCGAGCGGAGGGAAGUGGGGCCCAAGGGCUCCUGCCCAGGGGAAGAGAGUGAAGGGCUUGGGGACCGGGUUCCCAACGGCAUCCUGGCCAGCGGUGUAGCAGGGGGCGGCCCCAGCGGGCCCUACAGGGAGCCCCCAUACCCCUGCAAGGAGGAGGAAGAGAACGGCAAGGACGGGAGUGAGGACAGCGGGCAGAGUGAGAGUGAGGGGGGCAGUGGCCACGCCAGCGCCCACUAUAUGUACCGGCAGGAAGGCUACGAGACAGUGUCCUAUGGGGACAACCUGUAUGUGUGCAUCCCCUGCGCCAAAGGCUUCCCCAGCUCUGAGCAGCUCAACGCCCACGUGGAGACGCACACAGAGGAGGAGCUGUUCAUCAAGGAGGAGGGCGCCUACGAGACGGGCAGUGGGGGUGCGGAGGAGGAGGCGGAGGACCUGUCAGCGCCCAGUGCAGCCUACGCAGCUGAGCCCCGGCCCUUCAAGUGCUCAGUCUGUGAGAAGACCUACAAGGACCCGGCCACCCUGCGACAGCAUGAGAAGACACACUGGCUGACGCGGCCCUUCCCCUGCAACAUCUGCGGCAAGAUGUUCACGCAGCGUGGCACCAUGACACGCCACAUGCGCAGCCACCUGGGCCUGAAACCCUUCGCCUGUGAUGAGUGUGGCAUGCGCUUCACCCGCCAGUACCGCCUGACGGAGCACAUGCGCGUGCACUCGGGUGAGAAGCCCUACGAGUGCCAGCUCUGUGGGGGCAAGUUCACCCAGCAGCGCAACCUCAUCAGCCACCUGCGCAUGCACACUUCCCCCUCCUAGAAGCCAAAGACCUUCUCCAGCCUGGGGCGCUCUCUGCAGACUCGCCCUUGGGAACAAUGGAAGAAAGAAGUAAGGAGGCCCAGGGGGCAGGCCCGGACCCCAAAUCUAGCGGGGGUGGCUCCUGGUGACACCUCCAGCCCGCCCCCCCUACCCAGAGCUUUAAUCCACAGUCUGUACCAAGGGAAGAGAGCAGAAGAAGGCCGGGUCCCGAACCCCAAAGGUAUUGUGGGUGUGCAGUCUACCUCCAGAUCCCGCCCAGGCCCCUGCCCCCUCUCCCAGGUCUACCAUAGGGCCUGUGGGAGUGGGUCACGGGGUCCGGACCGGCCUUUUUCUCACAGGUCAGGUCUGAGCAGGGGGAGUGGGGACCUCCCUCUGUGCUGGGAGGAUCAGGGCUACCUGUGGCCAGGGGCAGUGUCCCUAUACGCAGGAGUGCUAGUCUGUGUGCGGGCCACCUUGGCUGUAAGGGGAGCAGUGCUGGAUGGGAGGCGAUGGAGGCCCCCCCCCUCGAGCCAGGGGGGCCCUCACCGUCUACCUCUCCACAACUAAAGAGCCCUCUGGGCUGGUGUUGCUGUUAUUCCUACUGAUCUGUUCCUUUUUUCUUUGUGAGUUUUGUUUUUUAAACCAAAACCAACAAGAGUUUAUUUUCCUCCUGGCCCCUCGGGGCUGAGCCUGGGUCUGCAGACUGAAUGUAUGGGGCACUCGCCCCUCCCGCCUGGCUGCAGGCUUGGGGCACCCACCCCUCCAGGCCCCAGAAGCCCUUCUUGGCCAAAGGCUUCCCUGGGCCCCAGCCACCUCGGCUGCCUCAGGAGAGAGAGUGCUUUUCCUAUAGUGUCUGAGGAAUCUUCUUUGUUUAGAGGUACUUGUUUUUUAUUAAGAGAAAAACCAGUGUAACGUUUAUGUGAGUGUUUGAACUGGAAGGUCUGGGGUUCGAGGGGGGAGGGGGGAGGCUGGACUGGGUGCCAGGGCCGUCGGUACUCUCGUUUUCCUUUUGUGUGUGUGGUAUGCGCAGUGCGUGUGGACAGAUGUUGCGCUUUCCUUCUUCCUUACCUGACAAGGUGGAGAGACUUCUGACCUUUUGCUACCUCUUGAAAUUCACGAAGAACAGUAAGUUGGUGACUGGCAGCUGAGGCAGUGACACUUUUGCUUUCCUCUCUUUAGUGCACAAAGACGUUCAAGUGCACAGCCCUGGGCCCACCACGCAUCACGCUCAGUGAGGCUCCUGCAGCUUCGGAGUCUCUGCUCAUGUGUGGGUGUUCUCCUGGGCACAGGGCUAGUCCUGGCCACCCUGAGGGUGUUCUGAGUGUCUGCUGAGCCAGGGAGCCCACACAACUCCAAUCUGGGCCAGGUGAGGGUGUGAGUGCUCCAGCCCCAGGGGAGCCAGGUAUUGGGCAACGGGGAGAUGGGUGCCAGUUCUUUUCAGCUCCUUGCCAGGACUAGGAUGAGGCGGAAGUGAGCCCCCUAUCCUGUUCCCUGGGCCUGCAAGAGCUUGAGCUUGGGAAAGGAGCAGCCCCCCUAGCCAGUGCUAGCCAGUGUGGAGGCAUGGGAAGAGCUGACCAAAGUGAUGUGUACCCUCUGGGGGAUAGGAAGGGGACUAGCCCUACUUGGGCGAGUCCUGGCCCACUGCCACUCUGUCUCGGGGCUGGCUGCCACCCAUUGGCUCAGCCCUGUCUGGGUUUCACCCCUCGCCCCUCACUUUGGGUUUUCUCCACCAGCCUCAGGCACCUCCAUGGGCCCAGAGCUCACAAGGCCAGACCAAGGUGCCGAAGUUGGCUCCACUGUCCUCGGCCGACUGGAGCCACAGGGCUGAGCCGGUGGCUUUAUUUUCUUCAUUUUUUUUUCCUUCUUUUUUUUCCUUUCUAUUCUAAGUUCAGACCAAAAAAUUCCAGAGUCAUCCCUAGCCCUAACCCUUCCAGAGACCCUCCAGCUGGAAACAGAGCCUGAGUUCAGGGACCCGAGUGGUGUGUUUUGGGACUGAGGGCUCCUGGGUGAGGGCUCCUGGGUGAGGGCUUCUGGGUGAGCCCUCAGGCAGUGCCCGCAGCCCUGAGCCAGCUCCUCUUCCUUUAGGUGGGAAACGGAGGACUGUGCCCAGGGUCUCUUGUUCCAGCAGGUCAGUGAGGGGCAGGGCCUGCCGCAGGCCCCUUUGCUCUCCCAACCCCACCCCACUCCGUCAGCACUUAAGCCACACGACACAAAGUCUGUACUGCAUGGGAGGUGCACACAUGCCUGGCCUGUGUGUGGCCUCUCCCGCCGUGGGCAGCGCAAACGUGAGGUGACGCGUGAAAGUAGGCGAUUCAUUUGCAGAGCUUCAGGGACUGGGCGCAGAGGCCCCUCACUCAACGACGUUUGUGCGACAUAGUAUUGUACCCACCUGAGUAUUGUAUCAAGCCUUUUCUGUAUUUUAACAAGAAAGCAAAACACUAGUUUCCUAUGUAAGAUUUUAAGGGUUUGUGGGGCAGGGUGGGAUUGACACACACUUGGUUUUGUUUGCUUUUUCCUUUGGUUUCAUGUGGCGUGUGCUUGUGAGUGUGCGUGGAAAUGUGUUAAGAGCCUCACAAGGAAAUUAGGCCAUUGGAGGCCCAGGGCGGCUUACAGUUCUCUGCUUUAGUCACUUAAUUCCUGAAUGUUUUGGUGAAACAGGAAACAGAAAAUAGCAGUUGUCAUGUAGGAAAGAGGAUAAACAACAACAAAAAGAAAAAAGAAAAAAAAAAAAAAGCUCAUACCCAAAUUCACAAAACCUAUUUUUUAAACCAAAGCACAUUUUGAAUGAGUAUGGAACCUCAACAGGCUCAGAAAAAAAGAUACUAAUAUAUUUAUCUCAUUGUUUACAUAAACUUUUACAGUUUCAGACCUCAGCAGCUGGAAGGCCAGUCCCAGUAAGUCCUAACCUUCUGGAGGCCCCUCCAAGUCGGCCCUGGUAGAGCUCCGGCAGAGGGCACCUGCGGGGCUGGGCACUCUAAGCCCCGCCACUCCAAGCCCAGCUGGCACCAAAGAGCUUGGGCCAGUGCUGACUGGCCCCCAGGCCUUCUGGCCAUCCUGGCCAGCUGGCACAGCGGGGUGCUGGCGGCUCUGACCACAAGACCCAGGCUGGGCUUGGACCUGGGGAUGGCGGUGAGCCCCACCUCUGCUCUGCCCAAGAUCCUGGGGUGGGUUGAUGUGAGGGUCCCUCUCAAGCCAAAAAGCCAGGACCUUUGCACAUCCAUUGAUUCUGGCUGGUCCCGGUCCCUGGGGACCCCCCCCACCACCAGUAGCAGGAGGGGCUUACUGGGCUGGUCCUUACCAACACAGACGGUGCAAACACUCUGAACAGUGUUGUUUUUGUAUCAAUAUGUUUGUGCAGUAAUGAAUGUAUUUAUUUCUCAGACUUGGGGCGAGCGAGGGGCAGCCCGGGCUCUGCCACCGCACGCUCCUGCCAGACCGAGCCACUGCAGGGGCUCGUCCAGGGUUGCAAAAAAGAAAAGAUGAACCUUUAAGCAAAUAAGAAUCUCAGAGACUUGCAGCAUAGCCAUACACCUCAGCCUGUGAAUGAACAAUCCGGACCCAGACUGACUCUCAGAACCUCACGCAGCCAUGUGUGUGUUUCCCGUUAGUCACCACUCGGUGCCGGGCUGUCCUCUGUCCCCACCCUGUCAGUAUUCACUGGACUUGACCGAGUGCAGGAGUGCGAUCUGGGCUGGCUGGCUGGGCAGGCAGACCCCAGCCGCCAUCCCUGCAACCGUCCUGAGUUGGGGUGAGGCCUGGGCAGCCAGAAGGGCAGGGCUCAGGGAAGAGGUCACUGCAUCCGUCCUGCCCCCCGAUUUGGGGGACAAAAGCAGAGGCGCCAGGCCUUAGGAGAACAAACAAGGGAUCUCAGCUCUGUCCCCUGAGGGACCAAGGCCCUUGGUCUUCCCCAGAGCCACGUUGGGGCAGACGCUAUUGAACCUGUGAAUCCGAUGCCAGGAGUGAGGGGAUGGAGAGGGAUCUAACCAGAGCCUCAGUCUGACAUUCCAAAUGAGGGGGUGGGUGUGCACUGUGGGAAUUGAGGCUGCCCAGUACCCCCCAGCUUCAGUCACCCCACUUUUUCUACCAGGAACUCCUCCCCCUACCUCACCUAUUUGCUAUUUAUUGCUGUAAUUUAUUGACCUCAAAAAUGCUGCAUAACAGACCUCACUUGGGACAGGGAGGAUCUCCAGGCCCCCCCCCUCCACUUGGCGGGGCCCUGUGGGGCCAGGUGCUGAGGGGAGCCUCUCUGUACCCUACCCAUCACUUGCUUUCCCCCUCCCCCCUUGGGGGACCCCAGGUUGGGCACUGGCCCAUUCAUAAAUACCUCGAGGGGGAAGGAGAGGGAUGGGGUUAUAGCUGUUUUGUUUAAUUGGAACUGGAAGAGGGAUCAUGUCCUUACCUUAUGUCCUUCCCAGAAAGGGGGAGGGACACUGUGAUCGCACUCCUGUACUGGCCACCGCCGCUGUCAGUCAUCACGUUGAGUUCACUUCCCUCGAGAGUUUGGAUAAAUUCAGGUCAGAGCUGCAAGUACGCAGCCCUCAAGUGUCAUAGAAAAGCAACUCACCUACGACUGAUCUCUCCAUUCAGAAGUGUGCAGUCUUAAUGUACAGUGAUGAGAAACUGUUAUUUUAUGAUCUUUUCAUUAAAAGCUUGAUUGAAAACUA